AUGAGAUCGCUCAGUGCACGAGUGCCUGCAGCUACCGAAGCAAAAGCUCUUCAGCUUACUGAAGCCUGGCUACAUGUUGUACAGCGCUACCAGUACACCAUCGCCAUGGUACGAGAUCUCGACAGACCAGUCUAUCGCUCUGCAGACAAAGACAACCUCACCGGCGCCAGAUGUCGCGCUAGCUGCUGCGCACAGAUCUACAAGGCCGACAGCGAACGAAUCGCACAAUGGACUGCUGCGGAACAGGCACAAAUCCGUCCCAGAAAGCGCAAUAGAUGGGUCGAGAAAGCACACUACUCUGUAAUGGGCAGCCCGGCGGAUUCCAAUGUCUUUCAAACGCAGUAUUGGCGAUAUCGCGCGGCUACUCUGUCACCGGAAGAACCCGACACGCUUUCGGCAGGAAAAGACGAUGACGAUGUGCCGCUGGUAGAGCUCAAGUCCCGUCAACAUAGACGCCGACCUAUCUUGCUACUUGCAGCACCAGACUCGCUUCCUCCAAAGUUGCCAGAGGACCACCUGUGGUAUACCUUGCUCGAGCAACGCCGUCGUUUCGCGAUUGAGAUGUACCAAAUCGCAUUGAGCGCAGUCCGAAUCUUCCAUCGUUAUCCAAAGCUCGACUGGGCCAAUGUCACGCUACCACCGCCACCGACGAAGCUCGAGAGGGGAUCCUUUGCAUCACCGGUACCCUACACAGCCUGGGGCUACGCCAUCUCCGACAUUGUCAACACUCACCAUGCCACUCAUCGCCCGUUCAAUUACUUUCAAUUCAGAGCCCUGACGCUCGAAGAAAUGCAAAACGGGCAAGAUCAUGGCGGUAUAGAUAUGCAGUUCACCGAGAAAGAUGCUUACACCGUCUCUGACAAUGACCUGAUCGACGGCUACAAGAUGCUGCUCGGCGGCAAAUCUCGCUGGGACCACUAUCGUCUCCGAGAUCGAAUCGCAGACUUCUUGGGGCCGGAAGCGUGCGAGCCUGUCCACUUUGGCAUCCUGCCUUGGUUCGAUGACGACAGCUACCGACAGAGCUAUCCGCGUCAUUUCCGAGAGCUCACGCAAAGAUGGCGCGAGCGGGCAGAGGAAGCCAAGGCGGGCUGGGCAGCGGUCUAUGUGCUCUGCCGCAAGGGACUCAAAGUCAAUUCUGUCGACGAAUUCCUGAUCCAUAAUGCCCGCUCGGCAUGGAAGUUCAAUACAACGAUCUACGACUGGUGUCUUGCCAUCGAAGACUGGUGGAAGGACCAGCCCGACGUUGCCAUGCUGGCUCGUAUGGGCCCUUAUAUGCCGAGUUCGACAACGCCGAGACCACCAGUGAUUCCAGUCAAGGGCGGCAAGUUUCACAGGCUCGCUCAAGCGAAGCUGCACGAACUGCAAGGCGAAAUCAGCGUGCCUGGCGAGCCCUGGUUUGCGAAACAUCUCUUCGAUCGUGACGACGUCCUUGCGCAGAGCACGAACGGAAGGGCUACCUCUGCUCCUGUGCCAGCCUACACGUCUUUUCACGGAAUCCAUGAACCGCCCGCAUAUGCUCAGACGAUAAGACAGGAUCUUGCUGCUUGUCCCCUCUGGGAGGUCAUCGAACCCGAUCAAGAGAUGCCCAUCAGGCCGGCACGAGAUACGCCGCAUCUACAUCCUGGCUUCAUAGAGACAAUGAACGACGGGGGCGAGCCUCUCGAAUGGGCAGACGGCGCCGACGGGCGGACGAGCACAGUCAGAGAGCGCUCUCAAGAGCCAGUCCGAGGAGCGCUUAGGCGGACCGUGUCGAAUGACAGCGCUGUGAGAUCAGGACCGUCUCGCCUCAGUCUGGCCAGCCAGAGUGGUUCGCAAACAUCGACAGAGCUUUCACUGCCUUCUCCAGAGGCUUCAACGAGUCAGCUGCCAGACGAACAUGCCAGUAGGUCGCGACCCUUGCGCAAGGUGGUCUCUGUCAUCGUGGAACGCCUUCACGUUCGCUAG